AUGAUUCUAGAUACAGGGGAUUUAAAACUUAUUACUCCAUCAAAUGAGGAUAGUGGGUUAUUAGUUUUUAGUAAUGAAACAAGAAUGUUUUUAUAUAAAAAAGUAAUAGAAGAAAUAUUAAAAGAACCAUCAAAAUUUCCAUCAAAUUUUAUGUCAAAAAAACGAGUGAAUAAAGAUAAAUUUAUGUUUACAUUAUCAGUUUUUGGAGCAUGUUUUUAUGAUGGAAUUAGAAGUGAUACUUUAAUAAAAAUUAAUCAAGCAAUAGAAAUUUAUGAUGAAUGGAUGACUUCAAUUCCACGAAAUAAAAUCAUUACAACAGAAUUUUUAAAGAUUAUGAUUAAUCAAUUGACUCUUCCUUUUUCUUUUUCAAAUGAAUUAAAUAUCCCUGAACGAGUUGGUGUUUUAUUAAAAAUAUCUCAUUUAUUAAAUAAAAUUUCUUCAGGAGAAUCAAAACAUUUAUAUACUGAAACGAAACAAAUAAAUCAAGAAUUACUUAUUCAUUUACUUAAAAUUCAUUUUACUAUUCUUUAUAAAAUUAUGAAAUCUUCUUUGGUUAAUGAUCAUCAAUGUAUUUCAUUAUUGUCAGAAACUUUAUUUUGUUUAUUACUUGUUUGUGAACCUUCUCAAGAAGUAAAAGAGUUAUAUAAAUUAUUUCCAACAUUAUUUACUUAUUGGAUUUCAUUUUAUGAAUUUAGAAAAGUAUUUAUUCAAUUCAUUCUUGUUAUUCAGAAAAAUUAUUUAUUACAUUAUAAUACUUUACCUAUUAUUCCAAUAACUCCUCCUCUUAUUUCAGAAUAUCCUUUUGGUACUCUUUUUAUUAAAGAAAAACAUUUAAGACUAUUAUGGAUUGCAUUAAUUCCUUGUUUAAAUGUAUCAUCAUUAACACCAAUUAACUUAUUAGAAAUAACUAAAGCAAUUGGUGAUUUAUUAGAUGAUGCCAUAACAUCUAAUAUAAGUAUUAUUAUCCUAAAUAAAAUUUAUGGAAAUCUUUUUUUUUCUUUAAUACAACAAUAUAACGACGUUUCAUAUCAAGAGGCUAUUAAUUUUUGUGUUAUUAAAACUUUAUAUUUAUAUGAAACAUAUAUUAAAGAUAUUAUUAAAUCACCUACUUUAUUAGCUAAACUUAUGAUUUUUAUUCGUUAUUGUUUAAAGUCAAAACAACUUAAUAUUGUUAUUAGUACAUUAUCUUCAUUUGAUUUAUUAUUAGAUGCUCAUAUACCUGAAUUUAUUUUAUUAUAUAAAGAUAUUGUAUGUUCAAUGUUACAAUUAACUUCUUUUUAUGAUUUAACAAAAGAUAAGUCUAUAUUAAAAGUUGUUAUCACAACACUAUCUUCAUUAUCAUAUUAUUUCCCAUUAUUAAGUGAAUAUGCAUUACUACAAUCAAAUAAUAUUAAUAUUGAUGAUAUAAUUAAAACUCAAAUUAUUGUAUUAACUGAAACAAAUAAAGUUGGUAUUUUUCCUAAAGGAUAUUAUGAAAAGUACUUAAAUUCUAUUUCAAAUUUUAUUUCUGUAUUUGCUCGAUUAAAUCCAAAUGAAAUUACAAAUUAUUUAUUUAGUUUUAAAGAAACAAUAACAAAAAUAGUUGAUUCUUUGUUUCAAAAUUUUAAUCCAAAUGAAUUUGUAAAAAAUUAUGAAGAACUUGAUGGAAUUAUUGAUUUUAAUAAAGCAAUUAAUGAAAGUCAAAAAAUUAAUAAUGAACAACAAAUUCAUUUAUUUUUUAAAACUGAAAGAAGUUAUAAAAGAAAAUGUUUGACAGAGUAUCAAGGAAAUUUAAUAAAUAAUCCAAUUAGUAUUUUAUGGAAAGGAACUAUUUUUAAUGAUAAUGAUAAAAGGGAUGUUUGUACAUUAAAAGAUUUAUCUAUUCUUCAACAACUUCAAUGUAUUAAAAGUUCUUUUAUUCGAAAUCGAAUUUAUUGUAGAGUUGUUGAAAAAGAAUUUAGCCAAUAUAUUCAAAAGAAUGAAGAUUUAAGAAUUGAAGAACCAAUACUUCAAGUUAUUAUGAAAAAAAGAAAAAAUAAUCAAUGGAUUGGAAAAAGAAGAAGAAAUAUUUGUGAAUUUUUAUAUUCAAUUAAUACUCAAGAAUCUACUGAACAAAUUAAAAAUGAUGUUGUUAUUUUUGUUGAUGAUGAUAUUCCAGAACAAACUCAAAUUGAAGAGUAUGUGGUUGGGAUUAAAGUAAUUGAUUGGAAUAUGAGAGAAAUAAAAAUUAAAUGUAUUGAUAAAAUUGAAUUUAUUGGUUAUAGAAAUAAACAAGAAAUUAUUGGCACUAUUGAAGGAGAAAUUAUGAGACUUAUUCAAAGAGACUAUCCAAAUAAAAUGAUUCAAGAAUAUUCAGAUGACAUUUUACAGAGGAUAAACAUUACACCAUCAAAUCCUGAUCAAUGGAUAUGUAAUGAUGUUAUUGGUACUUAUCUUUCUAGAAAAACAUUAAACAAUUUUAUAAUAUUAUGGAAUAAUAAGAAUUAUGUUAGUUUCAAAGAUUUAUCUCAAAACUCAAUAGCCAAAGAAGAAGAAGAAAAAGUAAUGAAGAAUGAUGAUGACAAAAUAGAAAAUAACAACAUUCAAAUUGAUGUAAAUAUUAAAAGACAUUCUAUUAUUUUAGAAAAUACACACUAA